AUGGCGGGACCGACGGUUACUGCGAGUUUGUACUCCCUGCUGUUCCGCAGAACCUCCACUUUCGCCCUCACUAUCGCUGUGGGCGCCCUGUUCUUCGAGCGCGCCUUUGAUCAAGGCGCGGACGCGAUCUACGAGCACAUCAAUGACGGGAAGCUGUGGAAACACAUCAAGCACAAGUACCAGCAAUAA